AUGGCUUCUUCAUCGAUUCCUCAUCGUAAUCUCGGUAAAACGGGUGUUAAAAUUCCUGCUAUCGGUUUGGGAUGUAUGGGAAUGAGUGAAUUUUACGGCGCAACGGAUGACGCGCAAAGUUUGCAAGUACUGAAACGCGCCAUUGAAUUAGGUGCUUAUCAUUUCGAUACGGCUGAUAUGUACGGAAGUGGCCAUAAUGAGGAACUUGUAAGUAAAAUCCUCAAAGAUCAUCGAAAAGACGUAUUCAUUGCCACGAAAUUUGAAUUUCUAGGCGUAAAUGGAACUCCAGAAUACGUACGCGAAGCAUGCGAUAAGAGUUUGAAACGAUUAGGAAUAGAUCAAAUCGAUCUUUAUUAUCAACAUCGUGUGGAUCAAAACGUGCCAAUUGAAGAAACAGUCGCAGCAAUGGCAGAACUUGUUAAAGAAGGAAAGGUUAAAUAUCUUGGGUUAUCAGAGUGCAGUGCCAAGAAUUUACGUCGUGCUUAUAAAGUUCAUCCGAUAGCCGCGUUACAGAUAGAAUAUAGUCCAUGGAGUCUCGAUAUUGAACAAAACGGAAUUCUAGAGGCUUGUCGUGAACUUGGUGUCACUGUUGUGGCAUAUAGUCCUUUGGGACAUGGUUUCUUGACGGGACAAUACAAAUCUAUCGAUGAUUUCGAUGACAAGGAUUCUCGAAAAUACUCCCCACGAUUUCAAGGCGAAAAUUUUGCAAAAAAUCUAGAAAUUGUGCAUCGAUUUGAUGUGUUGGCUGAGAAAAAAGGUGUCAGUGCAAGUGAAUUAUGUCUUGCAUGGGUAUUGGCUCAGGGUGAAGAUUUCUUAGUUAUUCCCGGAACAAAGAAAUUAAAGUACCUGGAGCAAAAUAUCGCAGCGGCUAAAAUACACUUGACUCCUGAGGAAGUCGCAGAAAUUCGUAGCGUUGUUGAUUCUAUCGAGGUUUGGGGGGAACGGUAUGCUGACAUGAAGACUAUUGACGCCUAG